CCAAAAUAAUGUCAAAUGGUACGGAGAAAAACUCAAAAAUUGAUCUAUCAAAACCUCGAUAUGAUCAAUUUACGUAUUGGGGUCGUGUAAAACAUUUUAUUGAUAUUACUGAUCCAAGAACAUUGUUUGUAUCAAGUAAAGGUCUUGAAGAAGCAAAAAAAUUAAUUAAUGAUUAUAAUUCUGAUAAAAUUCAAAAUGUGGAUCCAGAAAAAUUAUGGCAUGCAAAAAAAAUUGUCGAUUCAACAAUUCAUCCGGAUACAGGAGAACCAGUAUUUCUUCCUUUCAGAAUGUCAUCAUUCGUACCAACCAAUCUUGUUGUUGUAGCUGGUAUGCUAAUGCCUAAUCCUAGUAUAGGUAGUAUUAUAUUUUGGCAAUGGACAAAUCAAAGUAUCAAUGUAGCUAUAAAUUAUUCAAAUGCUAAUAAGACAAUUGAAAUGAGUUUAAAAGAGACUGCAAUUGCAUAUAUUUCAGCCGUGACAACUUCAUGUGGAUUAGCGGUUGGUCUUACACAGGCUGUACCACGUCUUAAAUUCUUAAAACCAUCUGUACGUGGUGUAUUAACAAGAUUAAUUCCAUUUGUAGCUGUUGCUAGUGCUGGUACUGUUAAUGUUUAUUUAAUGAGAAUGAAAGAAAUUAGAAAUGGAAUUGAUGUUUAUAAUGAUGAAGGAAUUAGUUUGGGAAAAUCGAAGAAAGCUGGUGCAUCAGCUGUUGGUCAAGUCGCAAUUUCACGUGUUUUAACUCUUGCUCCUGUAUUAACGAUUCCACCAUUUGUACUUUCUCAACUUGAAAAAACAAAUUUAUUAAAAAAGAAUCCGAGACUUUCAAUUCCAUUUAAUUUUGGGAUUAUAACAAUAACAUUGAUGUCUGCUUUACCAUUGGCUAUUGCCGCUUUUCCACAAAAAGCCGUGAUAGAUCCAAUGAAAUUAGAACAACAAUUUUGGGAUUUAAAAGAUAAAAAUGGUGAAAUUAUUAGAAAAGUAUAUUAUAAUAAGGGAUUAUAACAGGAGUUCCUAUGUCUAGUAAGGAUAAGGAUAAAAGUGAUUAUGGAAAAAAAAAUACAAGCAAAAUCGGAG